CCCCAAUCGUCACUUUCUCUCUCUAAAAACUGUUACCUUUCUCUCUCACACACUAACACCAAAACGCCCACUAAAAUAUCAAGCAAAAAGUGUUCUACUAUACACAAUUUUACCUUGGAUGCUGCUCUGUUGGUUAACGAUUGCUUUCGAAUUUUGUGUUUUGUGGCUGUAACUUCAGGUUCUUCCAGCAAAUCUGUUUGAGUAAUUUGUUGCUAUCAUCUUAAAUUUGGUUCGAAGAAUGUCGUUCGUUGCGGGAUUGAUAAUCGGAAUUGUAGUUGGGAUAGCAUUGAUUGUUGUAUUUGUUCGGUCUGAGAAUGCUCGAUCUGUGCGUCGCUCUGCACUUGCAACGACAAUUGCCGCUUUUGCAAGAAUGACAGUUGAAGAUUCAAAAAAGUUGCUUGCCCCAGAAUACUACCCUUCUUGGGUUGUCUUCUCACAGAGACAGAAGUUGACUUGGCUUAAUGCUCAUCUUACAAAGAUCUGGCCCUAUGUUGAUCAGGCAGCGUCUGAGCUUAUAAAGUCUAGUGUGGAGCCAAUUCUUGAGCAAUAUAGACCAGCUGUACUGUCUUCUUUGUCGUUUUCCAAGCUUACUCUUGGCACAGUUGCACCACAGUUUACAGGAGUUUCAAUUAUUGAAGAUGAAGGAGAAGGAAUAACCAUGGAGUUAGAGAUGAAUUGGGAUGGGAACCCUAAUAUAGUACUUGAUAUCAAGACCAGACUUGGAGUUGGAUUGCCUGUGCAGGUGAAAAAUAUUGCGUUUACAGGGGUUUUUAGGUUGAUAUUUAAACCCCUAGUUGCCGAGUUUCCUUGUUUUGGAGCUGUAUCGUUUUCUUUGAGACACAAGAAAAAGAUGGAUUUCACACUGAAAGUAGUUGGUGGUGACAUUUCAGCCAUUCCUGGCGUUGCUGAUGCCCUUGAGAAUACCAUACGCGAUGCUGUUGAGGAUUCAAUCACCUGGCCAGUUCGAAAAGUUAUUCCCAUUUUGCCUGGGGAUUACAAUGACCUUGAACUAAAGCCUGUGGGAACAUUGGAGGUGAAACUCGUUCAGGCUCAGGGUUUGACAAAUAAAGACAUUAUUGGGAAGUCAGAUCCUUUCGCCGACUUAUAUAUACGUCCCCUGCGCAAUAGAAUGAAAACUAGUAAAGUUAUCAACAACGAACUGAAUCCAAUUUGGAAUGAACAUUUUGAGUUCAUAGUUGAAGAUAUUUCCACACAACACUUGACAAUAAAAGUAUACGACGAUGAAGGGCUUCAAGCAUCUGAACUCCUUGGAUGCGCUCAAUUACAGUUGAACACACUUGAACCUGGCAAGGUGAAGGAUGUGUGGAUAAAAUUGGUAAAAGAUUUGGAUCUCCAAAGGGAUAAUAAAGACCGAGGGAAGGUGCACUUGGAGCUACUGUAUUGCCCAUACGGCAUGGAAAAUGGGUUCACAAACCCGUUUACUUCUAAUUACACAAUGACAUCCCUGGAAAAGGCUCUUAAAAGUAAUGGAGAUGCUGAAAAUGGUGAUCUAGCCCAAAAGAAAAGAUCGGUAAUUAUAAGAGGAGUGUUUUCCGUCACUGUGAUAUCUGCUGAAGACUUGCCUCCUACAGAUCUUAUGGGAAAGGCUGAUCCUUUUGUUGUGCUUACUAUGAAGAAAACCGGGAUGAAAAACAGUACUAGGGUUGUGAACGAGAAUUUGAACCCGGUUUGGAAUCAGACGUUUGACUUUGUUGUUGAGGAUGGGUUGCACGACAUGCUAGUUGUGGAAGUAUAUGACCAUGAUACGUUCGGGAAGGAUUACAUGGGAAGAUGCAUUUUGACACUAACCAGGGUCAUAUUGGAAGGAGAAUAUAAAGACUGUUUUCCACUUGAUGGGGCUAAAUCUGGUAAACUCCAUUUGAAUCUCAAGUGGAUGGCUCAACCAAUUUACCGUGAUUCUUAGCAUUUGAACACCACGAUCUCUUAAAGAUCGAGCCCACAUGAGCUCUUGAUCUUCAACAAAACCGAAUGGUUCUCCAGAGUACAGAUGAGGUACAUAAUCUUUGUUAAAUUUGUGGUAAAAAAAAACUAAAUAGAUUUGUGAGUUAAUAAGGGCAUACAUAUACUUGUUUGGAUUAGCAGGAUUUUGGUUUUGUAUUCUUUCUCUGUAUCUUUUAUGCAGUUUUUGUUUUCAAUCUUCCAUCACCAAUAGUUGAUUCAUGUCUUUCU